AUGGGCGGCUGGAGCGCCGAGGGCUGCCAGCUGGCUGCCCGUGAGCCCAACGUCACCUCCCUGCACUGCCGCCACCUCAGCAACGUGGCCGUGCUCAUGGAGCUGAGCGGUUUCCCCAGCGAGGCGCGAGGGACAGCGGAGGUGCUGCACCCGGCCAUGUACACCUGCACGGCCGUGCUGCUGCUCUGCCUCUUCACCACCAUCAUCACCUACAUCGUCCACCACGGCACCAUCCUCAUCCCGCGGAAGGGCUGGCACAUGCUGCUCAACCUCUGCUUCCACAUUGCCAUGACGGCCGCCGUCUUCGCUGGAGGCAUCACCCUCACCGGGUACCUCAUUUCGGCAGUUGGCAUCAUCCUGCACUACUCCUCGCUCUCCACCCUGCUGUGGAUGGCGGUGAAGGCCAGGGUGCUCUACAAGGAGGUGACCUGGAAGGCGCCGCGGCAGCCGGAUGGGGACGCGUCCCAGUUGGCCCCCAGGCCCAUGCUCCGGUUCUACCUGAUCGCUGGCGGGAUCCCCCUCAUCAUCUGCGGGAUCACGGCCGCUGUCAACAUCCACAACUACCACGACAACAACCCCUACUGCUGGCUGGUGUGGCGGCCCAGCCUGGGCGCCUUCUACGUCCCUGUGGCCUUCAUCCUGCUCGUCACCUGGAUUUACUUCCUCUUGACACUGAACUCGGGGCCGCCCUGCCCCGAGGCGGACGGGGUCCACUCUCUGCGGGUGCAAUUUUGGGCGCUGGUGAGCACCCACGCCUUGUACGUGGCUUUGUGGACCUUCGGCGCCAUGGCCGUGUCCCAGCGCUGGUACCUGAACAUCGUCUUCAGCUCGCUGUCCGGCGUCACCGCCGUGGCACUGGGGCUCUUCAUCUUCGUCCACCACUGCGUGCGGCGCCGCGACGUCCUCAACUCCUGGUUCUCCUGCUGCCCGUCCUACCGGAACGCGCUGCCCAUGCAGGC